CAUCAAUACGACAAAAACAAAACGAAAAUAUCAUUUGUCAUUUGCUGAUUGAGUAGAGAGACCAACUCCAUAGCUUUGGAGUAGCAGAAGCUAAAGAAAAUUGAAAAAAAUGGCAGCAAUAACACUUAACAACGGAAUCAAAAUGCCAAUCAUCGGACUGGGCGUAUGGCGUAUGGACGGCAAAGCUAUUAGAGAUCUCAUCAUUAACGCCAUCCAAAUUGGCUACCGCCAUUUUGACUGUGCCGCUGAUUACCAGAAUGAGAAAGAAGUAGGGGAAGCACUUGCAGAAGCUUUUCAGAGUGGGCUUGUUAAAAGGGAGGAUCUUUUUAUCACUACUAAGCUGUGGAAUUCAGACCAUGGACAUGUCAUUGAGGCUUGUAAAGAUAGUUUAAAGAAGCUUCAGCUUGAGUAUCUCGAUCUCUACCUUGUUCAUUUCCCUGUAGCCACGAAGCAUACUGGAGUGGGUACAACUAGCAGUGCUUUGGAUGAAGAUGGAGUGCUUGACAUUGACACAACCAUUUCAUUGGAAACUACCUGGCAUGCUAUGGAAGAUUUGGUUUCCAUGGGUUUAGUUCGUAGUAUUGGAAUCAGCAACUAUGACAUCUUCCUAACCAGAGAUUGCCUAGCAUACUCAAAGGUGAAACCUGCUGUGAAUCAAAUUGAAACACACCCAUACUUCCAGCGCGAAUCUCUUGUCAAAUUUUGUCAAAAGCACGGCAUCUGCGUUACAGCGCACACUCCUCUUGGUGGCUCUGUGGCUAAUACAGAAUGGUUUGGUUCAGUAUCAUGUCUGGAUGACCCUGUUCUUAAAGGUUUGGCCGAGAAAUACAAAAAAACUGUGGCGCAAGUCGUUCUUCGGUGGGGCAUCCAGCGAAACACGGUGAUCAUUCCCAAAUCAUCAAAGAUUGAGAGACUGAAGGAGAAUUUUCAAGUUUUUGAGUUUGAGUUGAGCAAAGAGGACAUGGAGCUGAUCAAAAGUGUCGACCGGAGCUAUCGGACCAACCAACCUGCCAAGUUUUGGGGAAUUAAUCUAUAUGCUUAAGCAUGUUCGGACAACUCCAAUCUUCUUGGAAUGUUUCUGCAGAAAUUGAGGGGAAAAUAGACAUUUAUUCUCCCUCUUUGCAAUGGCUUUAAGCAACCAUCUCAACUGUGGAAUGAUUGACAUUAUUCACCAAAAAAAGCUAAUUCUCUUAUGAAAAAAAUGUGUUGAAUUUCAAGUACUACAACAGCUAAUGCCAUAACCGUGGUAUGAUUGGACUAACCGCCGCACCGGAUGUCAGUCAGGCACGCCGGGCGAAAGGGCCGGAUGUCAGUCAGGCACACUGGGCGAAAGGGGAUAACAGCAAGUACUGAAUUCAAAUCCCAAUCUAUUUUUUUCUACAUCUGAAUUUUCAACCUAAUAUUUCUCUGACUAAAAUUAAAUUUGUGAAUAUAAUCAUAUUUUCAACAUAAUAUUAUUAUUUUUAAUAUAUUUUUCAUGAUUUGUA